AUGCGUUCCUUCGCCGUUGUUGCUGGCUUCGCCGCCGUUGCCCUUGCUGCUCCUCACUACGAGGCUUACCCUGCCGAGUCCUCUCCUGCUGCUGCCUACCCAGCCAGCUCUGCUCCCGCCGCCUACCCAGCCAGCUCCGCUCCUGCUGGUUACCCGGCUAGCUCUGCUCCCGCUGGUUACCCUGCCAGCUCUGCUCCUGCCGGCUACCCUGCCAGCUCUGAGGAGGCCUACCCCGCUGAGACUCCCUCUUCCCCUGCUGGCUACCCUGCCGUCACCCCCUCGGCUCCCGCUGUCACCACCACCGAGGUCAUCUCCGCUACCACCUACGUCUGCCCCGAGGAGACCACCAUCACCUACGGACCCAGCACCUACACCGUCCCCGCCAGCGGCACCCUGAGCAUCCCUCAGUACACCGCUACCUACGUCCACACCCCGGUGCCUUCCGUCCCGGCUCCUGCCAAGUCCACCCCCGCUGUCCCCGUCCCUGCCGUCAGCAAGCCCGCCUACACUCCUCCUGCCUACUCCGCCGUUCCCCCGGCUCCUCACUACCCUGCCACCAACGGCUCCACCCCCGUUGUCCCCGCCGCCGGCACCGCCACUGGCAGCGUCCCCACCCCUACCAAGACUGCUCCUCCCCAGUUCACUGGUGCCGCCGGCAAGGCCACCGUUGGCUUCUUCGCCAUCGCUGGUGCCGUCGCUGCUUUCUUGUAA